UAAUUCCGUCGACAAGUCUGUAGUGUAAAUAACUAAUUUGUAACAAAAAAUUUUCCCCGUCAUUUCUUUUCUCAUUUACAAAAUAAUUAUAUGCGCCUACACGUUAAUGGCAACUUGAUAGUUUUAUAGCAAGUAAAUCGUGUAAUAUCAGACAAGUAAAUGUCGCGUGCUAUAUUUGAGUAUAUAACAGAAGAAACACAAGAAGAUUGUUAUGAACAAUUUUCACAAGCUACAAUAUUUCCAGAUUUUGUGAUUAUGUCUCAAUUCUUAACACAUUGCCUGAAAAAUGCUUAUAAACUUUUUCUUCUUUCAGGCUUGGGUUCUUUUUUGUCCCUCUUCUUCCAGCAUUGACUGUGAUCCGCCUCAUCAUCCUGUUUUACCUGAAAAUGUUGUCGGCCUUGUACAACACGGUGCCUCCACAGAAACCGUAUCAGGCGGCAAGAUCAAACGCAUUCUUCAUGAUUGUACUUCUUAUCACGUUCUUUCUCGUCGCAAUACCGAUGGGAUAUGUUCUUGUUCAAUUGCGGCCGUCGCCAAUAUGUGGACCUUUUCGGAUAUACUCAAAACCGACUGAAAUUGUUGACAUCCAGAUAGACCUGUCGUCAGACUGGUUUAGGACCACGUGGGUCAUCAUAACUUCCUCUGCCUUCAUAACAGUGAUUAUUCUUAUCCUCGGUCUGGCGUUGUCAUAUUGUUCUGCACAGCGUACAUCUAACUGGAAGCUUAUAAAAAGAAUGAAGGCUCAACUCCUGCAGGAUGAAAAAGACAAACAAUAUUUGGUUUUGCAACUGAGUAAAUACAUUGGAAACCCGAAGCACAUCCCAGAAACAAAGAAGCUUCCGCCACCAAACUACAAUCUAAAACCGGAACCGACACCUGUUGGUGUAAGAUCGGAAAGACGCAAUGAGCUGCCACAGGUCCCGGAGAAAAUUGGGUCACCAAAAGGGUUUGUUGUACAGGUAAACUCGCAAGAUGCGGACUGGUGAUACAUGAUGACAGUGUCAACAAAAACACUUUCAAAAGAAUACCUUUUGUUACAUCAACAUGAUUUAUGUUAGAGAUUGUUUCGCUAUAAUGUAAUCUAGUUGGUAAUCAGUAAAUAUGCAAAAUAUCGGAAUUUUUAAGUACAAAAACAACAACAACAACAGUAGUUGAUCAUUAAAAUGAAAAUGACACUAAAUAUAACAGGAAAGAUAUGCAGAGUCGUAGAUUAUCGCCUGGUUAUAACGAGACAAUGAAUCUUUAUCUUUUAUUGAAACAUGCACAACUGUUAUUUUUUAACCUUUGAAAGUAUAUGUUACAUGUUAUAAUUUCUUCGAGAUCAUGAUGGAUGAAUGAGAGUAAUAAAAAAAAUAUUUCAAAUAAAAGGAAUCCAUUGCUUUUCAAAACGUUUGAAUUAUCAAUAACAAGUUAAAAAGACGUUACUGAUCAGGCUGAUAAAGGCAAGUGGAGAAUUUCCGGCAGCUUUAAUAGUGAAGAAAGACUCUUUGUGAUACUCAUUAUAUCAAAUCAGUGGGUGCCUGAACAGAACCAACGAACUCCCUCUAAAGAAAUCCACGCCACAGGUGGAUAUCAGUCAAUACGGAAAUCUUCACACUGUUUUAUGGACAUAUUUGCUUCUUUAAAAAGAAGCAUGCGAUAGGUAUUUUUGCAGCAGUUGACGAUUGGUUUAUUUCGAAAAUAUUUGGAGAUUUUUUUUCAUAAAAGGAACCAGAGAUUUGCCAAAACGGGCAUAAAUUAUGUUAAUCAAACAAUUUUAAGUCCCAGAUUUACAAUAUAAUUGUAUAAGGAAUAAACUGUAUAUUCAGCUGCAUGCCUCCAACCACAAUAUUUCAAGAAAAUUAAACUUGAGAAAAGUUUGCGCCAAAAGAUCUCCGUUGCGUAAUUUAGUCAUACCAGAAGUAGCAAUUCGAUACGGAUGGAUGCCGCCAGCAAACAUUCUCAUCUGAUGACCUUUCCAAUAACUCGUUAUUUGUGUAUUUUUUUAAACAAUUCUACCCCUCUGAUAAAUAAAGUCUGCUAAAAUGUACAGGAUACUAGUGGUUCUUUAAAGUCACAUUAUUUCUCAGAAACAAAUAUGGUUUUCUAUCUUUAGAAAAGGCAGGAAUGAGUUUUAUAAUGUUUAAAUACUAGUAAUGGUUUAAGAGCAUGAUACAUGCUUAUCACCUGCAGAAUGUAGUGCUGAAUAUAAAAUUAUUUGUCAUAAAAGUAACAAAUUGUAAACAAAGUAGUAUUUUGACUUCCAUACAAAAUAAAACAAUAUAACUUUAUUAAUGCUAGAAAAGCAAUAGAAGCAAAAUAUGGUUGAAGUAAUUGGCUAAUUUUUAACUUUUUGGGAACCAUAACAGGGCACUAGAAAUACAAGGAUUUUGAGUAAAAAAACGGAGGCACAAUGGGCCUUUAACUUUCUAGUUAAAUACUUCCUCCCACAAAACAUUUUACAGUCAAUCUCAAUACAUUUAGAGUGAACAGUUUAUUGUACGUAAGAAAUUACUAACAAGAGUUAUAAAUUUUGUCCAAAAUAAGGAGAAUAAAAGCAGAAAUUAUAAGGUACCCUAAGUGUAUGAUGUUCAGUGAGU